AUGGGAUCAAAGAGAACGAAUGAAGACUUCAAACUUGUUUAUAAUGUAGAUGAUGAUACAGAGGAGGAAGAGAAUGAUGACACCGAGGAUGAGGAGGCAGUAGCAAAGAAACAGAGAUACCAAGCAUCCCCUUUAAUAAUUGCUUCAUCAUCAAGACUGAAACCAAAGGCUCAAUAUAAUAGUAAUAAUAAUAAUAAUAAUAAUGGUCAUCAUCUAAACACCUACGUUAAACAAACAAACACUGUUACAACAAUCAUUGAUGUCCAAGACCUAGACGAUGACGACACAGAGAAUGAGUCGGGUCCUCCUCCGCCAAAGACAGGCAAGCCAUUAAACCAUCAACAACAUCGACCGCAACAACAACAACAACAACCUCAACAACAACCUCAACAACAAGAGUUCGACUUUGACUUUGACGACUAUGAAGGUCCGGACCAAGAGGAGGACGAGUCUUUAAAACUGGCACUGGCACUAUCAAUGGAUCCUGCAAAUGAUCACCUUCCAAAGAAGUCAUCUACAUCGACAACAUCAACGACAUCAACAACGAAAACAUCGUCAUCAUCUUCAUUAUCCACAUACAAUGGAGACGAAUACAUUCCAAGACCAAACUCCAAUUACAAACUGAAACCUCCAUCGCAGCAGCCAUUACAACAGACGAUAUCGCCAAUCAUUGUUCCAUCAUCUCUUACGCCAAGCAAGGUUAGCAACACUGGUCAUACAUUCUAUUUGAACCAAUUACCGACCAAUCAGAACGAUUCAUUCAUCAACAUAUUCAACAUAUUCGGUCCACCAAACAUGAAGUCAGCUCUUAUAUGUGGAUUCUCAAUGGAGGACAAAUGGAUAUUGUCACAACUUUACUUGUGUCAGGGUAAAGUUGUACCGACAACAUUGAUCAAACAUUGGGUCAAGCCGUCCAAAGAGGGCAAGUUCAUGGUAAACGAGAACCUUAUGAUAAUCCAUCCACCAUUGUCCAAUACUGGAUUUGGAUGUAUGCAUUCAAAGUUGAUGUUACUCGUAUAUCCUGACUACAUCAGAGUCGUCAUUCCAUCGGCAAACCCAACAAACUAUGACUAUGAUGACAUUGGACAAACCGUUUGGUUGCAGGACUUUAAACAACCUGCUGAAGGAACUUCCCCAACAUGUGAGUUCAAAGCGACACUGAAGCGAUUUGUACAAAGCAUGGGCAUGUCUUGCCAGUUCCUGGACAAGUAUGAUUUCUCAACGGCCAGAGCGACACUCAUCGUCUCUGCUCCAGGCUACCACAGUGGCACAUCAUUAUCAUCAUAUGGCCACAUGCAGCUUCGUUCAGUGCUUCAAAGGUACUACCAGGAGAAGGAGAAGGACCUGGAACAAGGUGCCAAGCGACCUUCUCACGAGGUACACUAUCAAUGCUCUUCACUUGGACUUGUCAAUGAUAAGUGGAGCGGGCAAUUCUUGGAGAGCUGUCAUGUUGGCAGUGUGGCCAAUCAGCCGCAAUCGGCCAGUCUAAACAUAUUGUUUCCAUCAUACACUUGGGUUCGACAGAAGAAGGAGCGUCUGGAGAACAGUGGCAUCAUCUUCUUAACAAAGAACAACUAUGAGAAUGAGUCCUUCCCUAGAUCAUCAUUCCGAACAAUCAGUCAUCGAUACAAACAUCGCGAGAACCUUGUACUCCACAGCAAGAUAUUGAUUGGCACAUCAAACCACCAAGGUCAAUCAAAGAAACGAUUCGAUUGGAUAUAUGUUGGAAGUCAUAACUUCUCCCCUGCCGCAUGGGGAAGAUUGCAAAAGAAUGACUCGCAACUUUAUAUUGCCAACUUUGAGAUUGGCGUAGUGUUGUUCAAUGAUGGCAAGUAUACGGAUGUAGAUAGUCUGCCAGCAUGGCGUGCACACAUCCCAUUCGAUGUACCAGCGGCGCCAUUUCAGAAGGAUGAAAAGCCAUUCAUACAAGAGAUGUUCAUUGCAUCACAUAGUGGAGUCACAACUAAACGUAGCAAAAGUUGA